GGAAUCGUCUGCAAAUAAAAAAUCCCUCAACGCGAAGCAGAAGUUGAAAAUUUGCCAACGUCUGUAAAAGUGCAUAGUUUUUCCUGUAAAGAGUGCAAUUCUGGUCCUAAAAAUACUUGCAAAAUGUUGCCGUACCUUUGGGCAAUCGAUUGACGAUAAGACUUGUCCGAUCACUCGUGGAUUUUCAGAGAAAACGUCGAAAUAAAAGUGUACCGACAUACAGUGAGAAAUUCUUAAUUUUUUUCGCCCACCGUGGAGGAGAAAAAAUCAAAAUGGUUGUAUCAAAGGAUGGCAAACGUCGCAGGAAAGUUGGGUCGGCAGUGACAGCUUCGGGGACGGCCAAUGCAACUUCUAGUAACAGUAACACACGUACCGGGACAGCAUCCGGUGCUGGCAACGCUGGACAAGCCCCAGCUGGAUCUGCGGAACAAAUUUCGGCUUCUGCUGCUGCUUCCAGAGAAACUCCCGAUAGCGAACUUUCGCCCGAGAUUCCUAAAAGACCAAAAGUCCAAGCGCAACGUAAAUUUGCGCAAGGCCAAGGUUCGGCGUCUACAUCUGCAUAUCUAACGUUCGCGACUAAUCCUCCAACAAACCCCCCGAAAGAUGGACAAGCUCGACCGAGUGGUACAGAUACAGGUCCCAUUCCAGAGCUUUUACCAAACAUGCGACCGAACACAGAAGAUUUUCUAACAUUUCUCUGCUUUCGUGGUACGCAAGUUCUUCCACCAAGUCUAGACUUUUUCAAUACAGCUCAGCAAGCAUCUGGACCAUCUAGUAACCGAGGAACCGUUUCCUCUACAUCUGUCACCAAUCCUAAAGCUCACACCGGCAAUGAAAAAUCUACUCCAGCAACUGAACAAUUGAAAGAUACGAUGGAAAAGAAGAAAGAUUCAACUGAUUCGACGGUUCCGAAAAAGAACGAACCAGAAGUAAAGAAACCUGAAACUGCAACUAUCGAUAAACCAGCUUUUAUGCCGUUUGCGGUAAGGAAAAGGGCCGAACAACACCCUGAGAAUCGCCGGGUUCAAACGGUUCAAGCUUUGAGGAAGAAGUACCACGAACAGCGUAUGGCCAAACUAAGAGUUACGGCUUACAAUAAACAAACUCGAACAGGAAACAGUAGAGGCAGAACCGGUUCGGAGGACGAAGAAGAAGGUGAAGAUGAAGGUGAAAAUGAAAGACAAACAGCGAAACAACCCAUAAAAGAAAACAAAAACUUAAAACCAAGUACCGCAAAGAAAAAGCAGCCAGAGAAGAACACUGGAAAGAAAGUCGUUAAAAAUACUAAAAAGUCUGCUUCUAAAGAAUUAGUAGGUGCUAAGAUUGGUUUGACUAAAGACAACACAGAAACGAAAAAUGUUAACGACAAUGAAGAGGAGAAAAUAGUAGCUUCCAAACCUAAUGCUGUAGAAACGCCUGCCAAAUCGAAACCCAAAGGAUCUAAGAAGAAAUCUGUUGAACCCAUAGAGGAAACAGAAAAACGGACAACUAGAUUAUCCGCUUUAAAAAGUCCAAUUGCUCGAACAAUAUCCCCUUCAAAAUCUGCAACCCCUCCACCAGUACCGAAAUCCAAAACAGAAGCCAUAGCCAUUCCAGCACCAGAUCAAGAUUUUUCAUCAGACGACGAUGAACCUCUUUUGAAAAGAGCAGCCCGGAAAAGAGCCGCAGCCAAGACAACGAAUGCUAAGAAAGGACGCAAAUCUGAACCUAUUCCAGAGAAAACGCCGGUGGAAACACCUGAAAAGAAACCACGGAGAUCUGAGUCAGUCAGUCGGAAAUCGGAUGUGAGUUCAAAGAAAUCAGAAGUCCCUGUGCCGCCGGAAAACUCCGUUACCUCUCAGAAGAGAACUCCUCGUAGCAGAAAGCGGUACAGUUUUCCACCAACUGAAUUACCUUCUGUACCCGACAUUGAUGUUCAAGUUCAAGUAACCGAUGCCACCACUACAGUGCCCAUGGUCGACAGAAUUGAUUCAACAGCUGUUAAUGACACUAUGGUUGAACAAUUUACUAAAACAUCACCCAAAAAGGCUAGUGGGGGAAGGAAAAAGAAAGUUGAACCUGAUGUUUCUCCACAAGUUGGAGAGAAAAAGCCGAGGAAGACACCAGAAAUAAUUACACAGUCCGCACCGGAAAUAAAUUCUAGACCAAGCCGGAAGACUAAAGAAGCCGCUACACUCUACAUGGAACUGAUAGGUAGAAAAUUAAACCAUGAUGAUAAAACUGAUGAUGAUGCUUCGUCGUUGGAUAGCUUAGAAUUGCCAAAUGUAAGAAAGUUAGAACAGAUGGAAAAUGAAUUGAAAGCCAAUGUCGAAAAGAAAGAAUCAAAUGGUGGACCUGCUAAAAAUAAUCCUCGCAAAAAGAAAGAGACCGUUAAAUCAACGGCGAAAGCGAAUCAGCCAAAGGAAGCUGAAAGUAAAGAACAAAAAGUUGUUGAGAAAAGUUUCAGUGAUUCUGAUGAAGAGCCUUUGGCAAGUAAAUUCCAACGAAAGAAGCAACAAAUACGUCAAAAGCAGAAAGAAAAAGCUAAGAAAGCGUCUCCAAAAAAGAAAAGCCCUACAAAAACAUCUCCUGCUAAGGAUACUGUUGAAAAAUUAUCAACAACUAACACGCUUGUACAAGAGAUCUCAGUUGAAAGUAAAUCUCCCAAACCAAAUGCGGAAGAACGAAUCGCUUCUCCACUCCCGCCACCCAAACCACCAUCACCAGUGAAAACGCCCACUAAGCAAACGCCGCCUCUGAAGACUUCGAGUCCCAAGGUUUCAACCCCUCAAAUCUUAAGUCUUCCCGUACAAAUAUCGAGCCCCGAAAUUCUGAGAUCCCCUGGCGCCGGUACUGAUGACCUGAAUUCUACUAAAGUGAAUAAAUCACACGACAAUACAUUCCAAUCGGCUACAGCAGCAGAUUUAAGUAUAUCUCCAAUAAAACCUAUUACAUCACAACAAGCACCGCAACAACCGUUUAUCCGAUCGGUGAAACCAAUACCAACAACAACACCAACAGAUGUACCAAUUGAAAAACCUGCACCUAAUGCUGGUCAACCGGAAAUUCCCUUCAAUAGGAACGUUAAAAAUGAUGUAAAUCUGGAUGAAUCUGAUUUCCUUAAAGGGUUUGAACAAAGUUCACCUACAUCACCAGUUGCACCUAAAACAAACUCUCUUCUCGGAAAUCUGCUGCCAAGCAAAGAGGAAUCUGAAAAGAUAUUUGGAAUUGCAAGUGUCAGUCUAGCUCAAAGUUCUGGUCCACUAGACACGAAAUGUACGCUCGGCAAAUGUGGGUCAGUGCAUAAACCUCCACUAGGCCCUCCAGUGCUAACAGAAUCCCUGUUGGGAGGACAUCUUUCUCCGAGGGAUAGAAGGAAAACCAAAGUCAACAUGACACAUGAACAGAUACAAAAAUGGAUUGAUGAAACAUCUUGGUCUCCCAUUCCGGAUGACAUUGAAGGAGAUUUGAAAGUCUUGGAACAACCUAAAACACCGGUUCCGACACCGCCAUCCGUUGCUUGGGAAAGGCUACUUGAAUCGAACAAACCAGAACCAAUUCCAGCGGAACAGAAACCACCUACACCGGUUCAACAAGCCAAGAAAGAGGAAGAAUCAAAACCACCAACGCCGCAACCCAGUGGAAGUGGUUCGAGAGGGCCAACACUCAAAGCUAAACCCGUUACUGUGAAACCAGAGAAAGAAAUAGUAAGUGAAGUUGUUACUACUCCUGAAGAAACCGCUAAACCAAUCGAACCCAAAACUUCUAUCACAAAAGAGGAUAUAAAAGAGGUAGAGGAACCAGUUAAAAAGCAGCAACCAAAAAUCAGAACUCCAUCGCCAACUAAGAAGGAAGCGAAAAAAGAGACUAGGGCUAAAGUGGCAGAACAACUUGCCUCAAGUACAACGGUGGCCAUUACUGUUUCCACAACAACGACUGUGCCCACUGCAACGGCAACAGCUACGACGCCUAACGCUGAAAGGAAACCAAUUUACAAACAGGGCCGAACUCCUGUUUAUAAACAGGAAGCCUUAAAAACCUCCAAAACUACGUCAAGUGCCUCAGCUGCCAAUAAAUUUGGGGCAUUUUCACCGGACAAUGAACCAAGUGUGUAUUCUUUCGACAAUGAAGAUACAUUUGUGCCAUUGGCCACUCCGUUCCGGAGGCAAAGCAGAAGGGAAUCAUGCAAUUCAUCUGCUCGAGAUGAAAUUCAAGCCCCUCCCGUGCCAUCUACAUCUGCUGGUAGAGGAAAAUCGUCGGAAGAAAAAACAAACACAUUUCAAAAACCCGGUUCGGUGAAUUCUCCAAGUAAAACUGGUGUGCAGCCUGCUGUAAGCGUCACGUUGAGUCCAGAUGAUAACGCCAAAUCGACUGCCAUCUCUGUAAUGCCUUCGGAUGAAAAACCUUGUAAAAUUGAAGAAAGCGUCAAAGAAGAGGAAAAGAAAACCAGUGCAGACGAUUCUGAUGAUGAAGGCCAUACGUUUUACAUUCCUUUACAAGGACCAAACUCGGCGGCUGUAGGAAGUAAAUCUGACCAGGUCAUUCAAGGAGUUGCUGUUAAACUAGGCACGGAAGGACCCGAGGGUCCAAAUCAACGUGUUAUAAUGCAUGCUAAACUAGUUACGCGAGCACAAAUGGGAUCAAAUACAACACCAAUUCCGGAAUCCAUGAAUGUACAAGAGUUGGUCAAAAGUCUGAUGGCUGCGGGGCCAGGAAUGAGCAAAGACGGUUUCUCGAAAAUGGUUCCGGUUGGAACCGUGCAGCCUCGAUUUAAAACGAACGACUCUCCGAAACCGAAUGACAAGCCAUCUACUCCUGCAGUGGCAACAACUUCAACGGCACCUACUGUUGCGCCUCCUCCACCUACACCACCUCCACCAGUUCCACAAGAGGAGCCCCGAAGUAACACUGGCCUUUCACGGAUCAACUCAAACUCAUCGCUCAAUUCAUCACAGCGAUCGAAAAACAACAAAGUCAAAGCGAAGCUUGAAGCUCAACAAAUUCAACCGAGCAACAAUACAGCCUUUCCCCGCAGGGAUGAUCCAGCCCAAAUGGUCGAAGCUCCCGUAUUCAAACCUACCGACAAAGAGUUUCAUGACCCAAUUGAAUACAUUGAAAGAAUUACUCCGGUGGCAGCUCGUUUCGGUAUCUGCCGGAUAAUUCCACCAGCGAGCUUCAAACCCGAAUGUCGCAUUUCCGAUGAUAUGCGAUUCAUGGCGUAUAACCAGUAUGUGCACAAGAUGCUCCAUCGCUGGGGACCAAGUGCAAAGGAGUAUGCCGCUAUAAAGAAAUAUCUAGCCACACAAAGCAUCAACCUACAAAAUCCUCCCCUGAUAGGGGGAAUGGAGGUAGAUCUACCUCGGUUGUAUCACACUGUACAAGAACUGGGAGGCCUCAAGGAGGUUAUCGAAAAAAAGAAAUGGGCGCGUGUUUCGGAGGACAUGUGCAUUCCCAAAGCAGCACAUGAUCGUGUUUCGAAAUUAGACGACAUUUACUGUAAAUACUUACUUCCGUACGACACACUCUCUCCUGCUGAGCGUCAGAAACUGUUCGAUGAGGUCGAAGCUGAUUGGGCCAAACGGGAAGCUAAAGCUCGGCGUAAUGCAGACAAAUGCGUAAAUUCCGAAAUCCGAAACAGUGGCGAUUCUGACGAUGAAGAAGAAGAAUCCAAUGAAGAAGAGGAGGACGAUGAGUUUUCUAUGGAAUGCAUAAUGAAAGGAAGAACAAUGCCUUUGAACCAGUUCUUCCGGAUAGCCCGAAAUACAAUGUCAUUGUGGUUCAAGAAUUCUGAACCCACUGUGGCAGAAAUGGAAAGUGAAUAUUGGCGGCACGUUGCUGUGCGAGAUAGUCAUGUUUGUGUUCAUUCUGGCUCAAUCGAUUCAAGCGCAUAUGGAUUCGGAUUUCCGGCACCUCGAGUCAAAGGUUCCUCGUGUGCCAGACAUCCUUGGAACUUAAAAGUACUGACGAACAAUAGCGGCUCAAUACUACGGUCUCUUGGACCAGUAAUGGGAAUUACCAUACCUACUUUACAUGUGGGUAUGCUUUUCAGUGCAUGUUGCUGGUAUCGCGACCCCCAUGGUCUUCCAUGGAUCGAAUAUCUACAUACGGGAGCUAACAAAAUUUGGUAUGGUAUCCCGGAUGAUCAGAAUUCCAAUUUCCGAUCAGCGUUGACAUCGCUAGUGCCGACACACUGUCAAAACAAAACUAUCUGGCUCCCUUGCGAUACGGCCAUGGUUCCACCCCAUAUGCUUACGGAUCGAAAUGUCUCACUGUGUCGCACCGAACAACAGCCAGGGCAAUUUGUGAUCGUGUUUCCGAGAGCCUAUACUUCUAGUCUUUGCACUGGGUACGCCGUUUCGGAAAGCGUUUAUUUUGCCUCCAGCUCAUGGUUGGAUACAGCAAAGGACGAUUUUAAGGACAUUCAAGAAAGCUGUGAACCAACAAUGUUUUCAGUGGAACAGCUUGUGUUUGCCAUUGCCAAUGAUCAGCGAAGUAAUCACGACACGGUGAUUCAAGUUUUCCCAAUGAUAAGUGAUAUAUACGAGAAAGAAAAACAGCAACGCCGUAUCUUACAGGACAAUGGCGUAAAUAAAUCGGAGAAAAUUGAAACCAAACGGAAAACAGCUUCAUUAGAAGAGUUUGAGUGCGACAUUUGUCGCGCUAAUUUGUACCUUUCUUUGGUGCGGGUCAAAAUUAUUUCCGAUGACGACGAUGCCGUUGAUGAAGAGGAGCGAAUCUACUGCCUCAAGCAUGCGAUCAAGUUUGUCACCGAAAGUCGCCUGCCAGCAAAGUUUUGUAAGCUCGCUUACACUUACUCCUUGGAUGAUAUUGAGGAACUUUUGCGAAAGCUUCAGGACCGUAUAGCGCACAAAAAGGUUCCCAAGAGCGGCGGCGGGGGAGGCAGCAGUACUGGAGGUGGCCGGGGUAAGUCUUCUUUACAUCUUGCGUCCACUUCGUCACAGUCUUCUUCGUCAUAUCAAGCACCUAGUCACAGCAAGUACGCCGGAAUGGCCACUAUGCUGAAAUAAAUAAGUAUUGUACAGAAGAAUACCAUCAACAUUGCGGUCUAAGAGGCCGUAAUCAUUCAAUACGUUCGUCUAAAUGUGUGUGCGUGUCUGAUUGUGGAUUUAAAAUUAAUUUUUCAUUUCCAAUUUCCCGUUCUGCACAUCUGUAUACAUCGUAGUAAGAGUAAUUUAUCAGCAGAGAUUUCUGCGGGAGAGUUGCUCUCUACAGCAGCAUUUCAACAAGACGCUAUUCUAGUGAAGGGUGAUUUUUGAAAUCGUCAUGUGAAAAUAAUUUAAGCUAUAUUUCUUGUAGAAUUAUGAUAGUUUGUAGUUGCAAUUUCAUACUGUGGAGUAAACUACGGGCUAACCCGUAUUAUAGUCCAAUGAAAUCUGGAUUAAGUUAUUGGUUAUCUAUCCAAAAACGAAACAUAUAGGUUCACCGGCGGGACGACAUUUGUUAUUGAUUAUCACGAACAGCUUCAAAAUCCGUAUAUGUAUGUGGUAAAAAUGAACGGACAAAAUUAACUCUAACUUUUUGUCCAACAAUUUAUGUAGCUACUUUAAUAAAAUAAAAGUAGCAGACAGCAGAACGCAGUAUUAAAAUUUGUAUCACAGUUUAGAUUUCCUUUUUUCGAAAUAAUUUAUCAUACUACCUAUCAUGUCGAUACGGUGCCUGCAUUUUUUAAAUUAUUUAUGCUUGAAAUAAAUAGCAAUCUUAAAAAUGUGAACGAAAUAUUUCAAAAAUUUAGCGAAAAGAUUUAGAGGCAUCUAUUUUUCGAUUGUAAAUAUGAGAAUAUUAUAAGUAAAUGUCACAUAUAUUUCCACACCCUGUUAAGCAACUAUGUAUAUUCAGUGAUUUUCAUUAGAAUUUGACAUAAAACUUGGUUAUUACUGUUAAUGUAGAAAGUUUGCGAUUGUAUGUCAGUAGCUUCGGCGUUAGGAUUCCCACAAUCGGUACGUAUUGCAAUAGAAUGUGCAAUGCGAUGGUAUAGGUGGUUCAAGAGACAAAAUUUAAUCAACCCGGCUCAAAUUCACUAAUUUGAUAUUUCUUAAUUUCGGCGCAAGUCGUCCAAUUUUUAACCGGGUAGCUUUGUAAAAUAAAAUAUAAAGAUAUAAAUAGGAAAGUGAAAAAAACGAAAACAAUUACCUAUCUCACACUAUUCGUACACAUACCAGGAUUGUGUUUUGCGUGUACUAAGGGGAAAAAUGAUUGGUACACAAUCAAGAAUGAUCUGCGACUUACUACGGGGAACAUACAGAACUAAAAUAAUAUUGAUAAUAUCAAACAGGAAAGGGUUCCAUAUGAGAUGCAUUAAAGGUGUAGUGGAUCCAAUUUCUCGCAGAUUAUAUAUAGAGAGAUGAUAAUAUAUCGACAGAUUUAAAAUAUGACUAAGUGAAAGUUUCAUAUAGCGGGAAUUAAACAAUAAAAUAACUAUUGUAGAACA